GGUUUAACUGAUGUGUGACCUCACCCAUUUGAGUAACUUGAGGACAUCCAGUCAGUCUCACAAUGUUUUACAAUGCUUUAUUAUCGCUAACAGCAUUUAUGUUUUGUCUCAGCCUUUUCCUGGUGUACAGAGCCAGUGUUUUAGAGAACGACUUUCGCAAACUCCAAGGGGACAUAAUUCUGCAAUUGAAUCAGCCACGUUCUGAGGGAGUCAAUGGGAAAUUUGCCAAGAUGUCUAAAACAAGGGAGGACAUGAAGCCAAGUAUUUUGCAAAAAGCUCAGAGUUCUCUGAAUUUAUCUUCUAGAAGAGUAAAACGGGAACAGGGCAGUUGCAGAGCUCCAACAUCAUUCCUGCAGUUAACAGCUAGCACUAAUGAACAGCCAGACAUAAGAGGAAAUAUAGCAGUGAUCCCUUGGACUGUUUCUGCACAGCGAGGAAAUGCAAUUUCACAAAAGGAAAACAGAAUCGUUGUCCAAGAAGAUGGUUAUUACUUGGUGUUUGGACAAGUAUUGUGUCACUGCAAUUCAAGCAUAACUAAAUCGAUAUUACAUCUGAUUUGUUCCAACUAUUCAGCUAAUGUUCCGCUUAAUUCACAGGUUUUGUUUCAAAGCCCAAGCAUAGUUAUGGGUCAUAUCAUUCAAAGCCGGGGUUUCAACACAACAGGAACAACAUCAAGAGAGUUAUUGCGCUGCGUGCAAGAGAUGCCAGAUGAAACUCCUGUCAGUACAUGCUACACUUCAGGCAUAGUGCAGCUGCUUCAGGAUGAUGAGCUAGAUCUGGUGAUACCAUACAGGCCCCAAGCUCUCAUCUCCAUGGAUGCAGACUCAACCUUUUUUGGUGUCAUACAGCUGAACUAGAAGAAGACAGUAUGAGGCUGAUAACAGUUCAGCUUCUUGUUGCAGGAUACAGAAAACUGACACUGAGCUGUGUGACGGGAUGCUGAUAAAGGACAGAGUGACAGCAGGAAAACUGCUGGGACCUGUCAUUAAUCUCAGGAAAACAGCACAUAAUGAACUUUUGAAUUAACUGUGUAUAUCAUCUUUCAGCUUUUUGAAGACAGCUAUUUUUAAACUCCUUUAGCUUUAAAUCAUUAAAGCGUAACAUCCAGGUAGUCCACCUGGGCCUGUCCCCUCACAUUGUUUAUGUGUGCUACCACCUCCUUUCAUCAGUCUAUUUUAGCAUGUCUCUUUAUACUUUGCUUGGGGCUUCCCUCCAGCUCCACCUCUGUGCUCUCUGUUUAUUUGUUCCUCUCAUCUAUUUUAGAAUGGCUUCCGUUUCCCUGAGACUAUGUCAGGAACAAACAAAGGUAUAAAUUUAUAUCGCUUGGUAGGUGUUUUCCUGGUUGACACGAACUGCUCAACGCUGUAAUUAUAAAAUUAAAGUUGUUAUAAAUGUGAUAAUGAACAUAUGAAUUCUUGGUUGGAAUGAAUUUAUGUUAAUAAUUAAUGAUGAAUUCAUUCAUCUGUAUAAUUAGGUUACCAUUAAACACAGAAAUAUGAUCAUUUUGUCUAAAAAUGAGUUUUGUCCAAAUUAAAGAGCCCUUAGUGAAAGUGAUAUUGGAGUGGUCAAUCCUUUUUCUACUUAUAGUAUCCACAACGCCUAUCUGUUGUCUACAGCUCUGCUGUUUUCUGUCUUGCCUUUUUUUUUUCUUAUGAAGCAUGGCUGUAAGAGGGGGGUUGUGAGUGUGUAUAUGAGCUCUGACAACAGUAGCUGUACAGCAGCAGAAGCAGCAGCAGAAG